ACCGCCGAGGAAUAUGUCAGCUUUCUCACGCACCGAGGGACGCUCAAACCACCGGCGCUGCGCGGUCAAUGCACAUGCACUGCCUCUGCUUUAGUUCAGCAGACACACAUCGCCUUGAUUUCCACUUAUGCGCUGGUGAAACCUUCCCUGCUGCUGCUGCUGCUGCUUCUGGUCCAUCCCCGUCCCCUCCUCCCCUCUCUUCUUCCUCCUCCUCCUCCUGCUCUCUGCCGUCCCGUCGCCAGGAUGGACAAGACGCUCUACAGUCCGCAUCCCGUGGCCAACAAAGCCAACUCCUCCUCGUCGGACCGUGGGAAAUCAUCGUCGAGGAAGCCCGGGAGGACCGGGUCGCACAGCCCCGGCUCCGGCUCCCUGGGCGGCCCGGCUGGAGCGGCAGGCAGCCGGGGAGCUGUGCUUGGGAACAGCAUGAAUUUGCAGCAGCAGCAGGCGCGCAAGAGGCAGCUGGAAGGAGUGCUGAGCAAAUACACCAACCUGAUCCAGGGCUGGCAGAACAGGUACUUCGUGUUAGAUCCAGAGUUGGGACAGCUGCACUACUUUGUCAACGAGCAGGGGAAGAGCCAGAAGCCCCGUGGGUCCCUGCCCCUGAUCGGUGCCUCGGUAACCCCGAGCGACGAGGCUCCGCACAUGUUCAUUGUAAACUCUGUCAAUGGAGAGCUGUACAAACUCAGAGCCUCCGACGCCAAGGAGCAACAGUUUUGGAUGAGUCAGCUCCAAGCGUGUGCCAGACGUCACUCUGACAGCAGUGCCAAGGUGAGGAAGCUGAAGGGCUCUGAUGAGCAUUUGAGUGUGGAAAGAGCAGGAGGCCAGGAGGCGCUGGGCUCCUCAUCCUCUGGUCGGACCCGUAGUUUCUCCCUCCUCCCCCACCUAACUCCAUCUUCAUCCCCGGGUUCUCAGAGGCACCUGAGCCACACGGCCUCACCCAGCAACAUCGUCACCAUCACCCACCACAAAUCUCCGGCUGCGGCUCGGCGGGCCAAGAGUCAGUACCCAGGACGGCUGCUGGAGGUCAAAGAGGUGAUGUCUCAGGCAGAGGGCCAACAGAAAAACCUGGUCCAAUCCAUUGACUCUUUACCCACCAGAGGCCCUCUCUCCUGUCUGGACCAGGACCUGCUGCUGCUCAAAGCCACAUCGGCCGCCACGCUCAGCUGCCUGGGAGAGUGCCUGAACAUCCUCCAACAGACCCAGACCCACAGCCAGGCACCACCUCAGUCCCAGGCCUCUGACCGCAGUCAGGCUGUCCACGGAGCCCCCUCCGAUGGUGUUCCUGUGUGGACUGUACCAAAGUCGCCCUUAGGGGAGCCGUUGAGGAACGGAGGUCUGACUCCUCUACGAUCAGCCGAGCCCUCCCCAGCCCUCAGGAAAAGGAGUCUGUCCCAUGGUGCUGAGCACCACACAGGGCUGGAAGACAUCAGCCCCACUGAGGAGGUGACGGAUACGGAGGAUAACGAAGAGGAGGACCUGGGUGUCCUGGACGACCAGCGGAGCAUCAUCCUCCACCUGCUCUCCCAGCUCAAACUGGGCAUGGACCUCACACGGGUGGUGUUGCCGACCUUCAUUUUGGAAAAGCGGUCGCUGCUGGAGAUGUACGCCAACUUCAUGGCCCACCCCGACAUGUUCCUGUCCAUCACGGCGGGAGCCACGGCCGAGGACCGAAUAGUCCGUUUCGUUGAGUACUACCUGACCGCCUUCCACGAGGGGCGGAAAGGCGCCGUGGCCAAGAAGCCCUACAACCCCGUGCUGGGCGAGUCUUUCCGCUGCUCCUGGGAAGUGCCUCGGGAGAAAGUCAAACCUCUGGUCAGAUCGAACCAGGGGUCCUCUUGGGAGCCGAGCAGGGGCCCCAACAACACACAGCAGGCUGACGAUUCGCCGGGAGGCUGCUACAGAGUCCGGUUUGUGGCCGAGCAGGUGUCCCAUCAUCCACCGGUGUCUGGGUUUUACUGCGAGUGCCGGGAGAGGAGGAUGUGCGUCAACGCCCACGUAUGGACCAAGAGCAAGUUCAUGGGGAUGUCUAUAGGCGUGUCCAUGGUGGGAGAAGGGGUGCUUUGUCUCCUGGAGCACGACGAGGAGUACGUCUUCACGUUGCCCUGCGCCUACGCCCGCUCCAUCCUCACCGUGCCCUGGGUGGAGCUGGGGGGCAAAGUCUCCAUCAACUGUGUCAAGAGCGGCUACUCCGCCACCGUCACCUUUCACACCAAGCCUUUCUACGGAGGGAAGGUGCACAGAGUGACGGCAGAGGUCAAACACAACCCGACCAACACCAUCGUGUGCAAAGCGCAGGGCGAGUGGAACGGCACGCUGGAGUUCACCUACAGCAGCGGGGAGACCAAAGUGAUCGACACGGCCAAGCUGCCCGUGACCAGGAAGAAGCUGCGGCCUGUGGAAAGACAGGGGAGGACGGAAUCCAGGCGGUUGUGGCAACACGUCACCAAGUCGCUGAAGGAAGGGAACAUCGACGAGGCCACGGAGCACAAACACAGGCUGGAGGAGCGACAGAGAGGGGAGGAGAAGCAGAGAGCGGCUGAUAACAAACCCUGGACACCCAAAUACUUCACUAAAGAGGGAGAUGGUUGGAUCUACAACAACCCGCUGUGGAAGUCGACCUGACGGCAGAACACUCUCCUCUCACGGACAAUAGCUGAGCUCCUGCCUCUCCGCGGCGAGGGCGGAGGUCAGGAGGUCAGGCGAAGGGAGCAGCGCCCUCCAGAGACCCAUAGAGCCCAGAGCGACACGCCAACAGUAAAGCAGCAAGGUGCCAAAGGGAUCUCCACUGUUAUAACCCAGACGGUGGCUGGAGCUCUUGGGACAAAGUAAAUUUUUAUAUACAGUUAAUAGUAUUACUAUUCAAAGUAGAGUAUUUCUAUUUUUCACCUUGCCAAGGCCUUUUUUGCACAUGCACAGUAAUGAAGUUUGCCACUGGUGUUUUGCUGUAGGUGUUUCUUUUUUUUUUUUUAAAUGAUCAGUGUUUUCUCAGACAUUGUCGAUGUUCGGUUUCAUGCUUUUAGUUUGUAAAGCAGCGUUAGAAUGAAGCGAUACGAGUUCCCUGUGACACAUAUUACUGUAGCUGUAAGUGUGUUGUUUAUAAAAGCACUUUUACCAUAGAAAGAGAAGAAAUUUCAUAUUUUAUAUCUAUGGCUUUUACCAAUCAGGGUGAUCUCUAAGAGCUUUACAGGAAAUAAGAACACCCAACCAGAUUUAAAAUGAUAUAUAUAUAUAUCAAAUGUACUACAUUAGAUUCUGUGUUAGUAUAUAUUAUUAUACCGUGAGCUACUAGAAAGUAAAGGUCCUGAUUGUUUUGUCUGCACUAUGAAUGUAUUCGGGCACAUUUUAAUAGUAUGCUACUUUUCCAUCGUGUAGCGUUCGCUACUACGCGUGCUUUUUGUGUUUUGCCUUUUUAUUUCGUCACGUCGCUCCAUUUACAGUAUUUCACCGAUCGAGUGGGACGCCGCCGCGUAACAGACCUUUUACAUUUCCAUUACUACCUCUCUUAUCCAGCUAUU